UCUCACCCUCUCUCUGUUUUGUCUCCAGGGCUUCGUCUGCAGGAGUCAUGUGACCCGGAGCAUUCUGAGCAGCUUCUGCCACCAGCCCCCCGCGUCCAUGCCCCGGUCAGUCCUGGGGGCCCUGACCCUCUCCACCGCCAUGAAGUGUGAUCCCCGCGACGGCUGCUCCCUGCUGCUGCGUGUGAACACCUCUCUCAGGCUGCACGAGAGCCUGCGGGGCCUGGAGGCCUGCGCCCUGAGCAUGGACACGCAGGAGACACGCUGUCAGAGCAUGCGCGUCCCCAGGGCCUCGCGCCGGCUGCACGUGGGGCAGCAGCUCCAGGUGCACUUCGGCUGUUUUGAGGUCAGCGCAGCCCAGAGCGUCCACGUCACCCUGAGGACUGUCCCCCACUUCUGUGGGGUGCGGCUGGAACAGCAGUACCAUGUGGAAGGCUGUGGAGACGAGGACGUGGGGAGGAACCUGCCCGGCUGCCUUGCCCGGAAGCUGUCCUCCUGGGUGGAUCGCAGUCGCAAGGUCAUCCUGGUGCAGCUGCCCGAGGCCCCCGGGGGCACCGACUACUACGUGCGGCUCUGCCUCAAGUGGUUCACCUGCGAGGACGACCUC